AUGGCGACGGUGACGGUCGCGCCGACGCGCGUCGCGUCCGAAAGCGCGUCGCAGUGCACGACGAGCGCGCCCACCGCGACGGACUGCGACCUCACGAAGGAGAUCAUCCUCGCGGCGUAUCGCCAAGACGCGAAGAAGGUGAAGGAAGUCCUGACGCGAUGCGAGGCGGGCGCGACCGCGGGGAUGUCUUUGUCGCGCUCCGCGGCGGUCGAGCUGUUGGGCGAGGAGGUGUACCUCGGCUCGCACAGCUGGAGCACGCAGGAGGGGUUCCCGGUGAUGUACUUCGCGGCUAAAUGGGGCGGCACCGAGGUCACGAAGCUCCUUCUCGAGUCCGGCGCGGCCGUCGCGCCCGCCACGACGCUCGGCGUCCAGCCGUUACACAUGGCUGCGCAGGAGGGCCAAGUCGACGUCGCGCGUCUCCUCGUCGCGCACGGCGCGCCGUGCGACGCCACCGACCGCGCGGGCUGGUCCGCGUUCCACUACGCCGCGAACCAUCGAUGGGCGACGUGGGAGCGAGGCAUCGAGGGGCAGCUCGCGGUGCUGCGACUGCUGAAGGAGUGCGGCGCGCGCGUCGACGCGGAGGACGGCGAGGGGUACACCGCCGUGCACUCCGCCGCGCAGUCGGGGAAAACGGAGAUUGUUUCGCUGCUGCGCGAGCUCGGCGCCAAGCCGGACGCGACGACCGUCCGCGGCGUCAUGCCGAUCCACGUCGCCGCGGAGGGGGGAAGAGCCGCGGUGGUGGAGGAGCUUCUGGACUGGUGCCCGGCUCUUCUCGAGGCGGAGGACUCGCGCGGGCAUCGACCGGUGGACCACGCGAGCUACCACGGCCACGCGGCGGUGGUCGAGACGCUGAUUCGCCACGGCGCGGACUGCGCGAACCCGUCGCCGGCGUCGUGCGAGAGGAACGCGGCGUAUACGGCGGCGGCGGCGGCGGCGAACGGCGGAGAUCAAAACGGCGAGCCGCAGAGGGCGCGAGGGACGACGCCGCUGCAUCUCGCCGCGCGUAGCAACGCGUUCGACGUCGUCGCAGCGCUCCUCGCCGGCGGCGCGGACCCGACGCGGCUGGACUCGCACGGGUGGACGCCGCGUGAGCUGGCGAGCGAGUGCGCGCGGAGGCGUCACGGAGGCGGCGAGGCGCACGCGCUCGCGCACCGCGCGAUCGACGCGGUACUCGAGCGCGCGGAGCGAGGCGUGCCGAUGCUGUGGAGCCGCGCGAGUCACGCGUCGUACCCGCGCGCGUUUCGAGAAGAGACGAAGGCGACGGUGCGGAGCAUCAACCUGCCGCUGUGGCGGUUCGGCGCGCGCGGGCUCGCCGCGGACGCCAUCACGGACGACGUGAUCAGGCACAACGCGAAGCGCGUGUGGCCCGAGGUGGAGUCCGAGGCGCUGUGGGGGUUGGUAACGAGAGUGCGCGGGUGCGUCGAGGCGCGGCUUCGCACGAAGGACGCGGCGCGCAGGAAACGGUCCAGGGGCGCGGCGUUCGCGGCCAGCAGCGCGCCUCGCGAGCUCGGGUGGUACGGCGCGCCGCCGAACGCGCUGAAGUCGCCGCGGGGCGACGGCGCGAGCGGCGCGGGCUCGAACGUCCCGCGGGGGGGGCGGCGGCGGAGCCGCGACGACGACGGCGCGGAGAGCGCGCCGCCGCCGCCGCCGCCCGCGCCGGACGCGUCGCGUCAGAUGCAGAUUAACCUCGCGGCGGUGUACCACCAGCUGCACCUGCAGUCUAUCCAAGCGCACUCAUGCGCGGCUUGAGAAGAAGAAGACGAAUACGAAUACGACGACGACGACGACGACGACAGAGUGAGAUGAUGAUGACUACGCGCGACGUCAUGUACGAACACGGGAUGAAAAGAAAGACGGAAUUAAGAAGAAGACGGGAAGAAGAAGAGAAAGAACGAACGAUAAUACGCGGACACCGCGACUUGUACCUUACCUUUUGCACGCGCGCUGCUUUCUAGUUUUGACGAAGAGACGCGGACGUCGCCCAGGGGCGAGAGACGCGCGCCGACCCUUUAUUAAUACGGCGCGCGGCUUCCUCGCGGGCGUCCACUCGGUAGAUGCUCUUGUAAAGAAUGAACUUUG